AUGCGGUUUGCCAAAAGUUCAACUAAUCAUAAUGUUUCUCGUGUUCAAGUAGUGAUAUAUCCUGCUAUUCAAUUCGUUGAUUUUAUGGUUUCUUUAUAUCUAACACCAGCAUUCUAUAUUUUUCAUUCUGAAAGAGCUGUCCAUGUUCUUGAAUUUUAUAUAAACAAAAAUAUAAGUGGUGACGUACUCGUUAAUAAUCAUACCAGUGUUGAACAAAAGAAACAAUAUCGUUGUUGUGCUGAUUGGUCACUAAUUUCAAAUAAAUAUCGAAAAGUAUAUAAAGAACCAAUAACUGAUAAUAUGGAUGGCAAUCCUCAAGUUAUAGAAAAUGCUAAACAACUAUUACAUCCAGAUAUAUCACCACUAUUGGUUGAUAACAAAGAUUUGGCUAAAUUAACAUCAACUUAUAUACUUACUGUUGAUCAUAAUCGAUUAAGAGAUAAAGAUUUUAUAUAUAUACAACUCGUUUGCACAUUAGUGGAGUUAAUGUAG